UGUUCUGUGGUUUCUCACUUAAUUUGACGUUUGUGGUUUCUAUGUUGAAAUUGUAAAGACAAAAUAUAUAUUUUUAAAACAAUCUUAAUAAUCUAACAAUGCCAAAUCUUCACGUAUGAAUUGAAUUUCUGUGUUCAUUUAGUUUCAGUGUUAACUAACGAUCAAUUACAAUGGCGAGGUCGCCAACCGACGACCCGAGAUUCAACGAUAACACUUGGAAUUACCAUGUGGAAACCGGUGAUAACUGUGCACCUGGUGGAAUGAGUGAGAUUAAGCCGACAGCGCUGCCGUCCAGCCCCAACGUGCCUGCGGAGAACAUGUACGGAAGGAGCACUUUCAGCGGGGAUGUUUACAACAAAAGUAGAGACGAUAGUUCAUUCAGCCAAAUCCCGAACGCUAAUCGUGUUAACCGUCAGGCCUACGGCAACGCUAUGCUCAAUUUGGGCAACGGACAGAUGGUCAGAGUUUUUUACGACGAAAAUAACCAACAGCUAAUCUUCCCCAUGUCUGGUCAGUAUGAACUUUUCAAUCACAACCAAGGUCUAGUCGACGUGCCUAUACAAACUGCGCCGUCGCACCUCUUCACACUGAACCAGGAGUUCACUAUAAACAACGCUCACGUGCAACCAUCUGCGACCAUACAACACAGUACUUUGAAUCAGGAAAAUAUAAAUCAGCAAUCAAAUGUACAGACGUCUAACUUCUUGAAGGAAGUUUUAGGUAACUGGGAGCCUAACUUGAGUGGUACAUAUUCCCCAUUUGGUCAAAACUAUCCAUUAAAUCAUCCUGACGCUCCAACCAUAUCAAAUAAUAGUACUUUAGAAAAUUUGACUCACAUGAAGCCUGAAAACUCACCAAAGAGACAUGAGAAUGGUCCUCUUGCAGACACAUGUACCAAGAAGCGCAUAGUUGCUGAAGUUAAGCCCAUGCGUCCCAGCUACUCUGAUGUGUUAGCCAAAAACACAAAAAACACUCCCCCUGAUACAAAAAAAGCCAAACCUCAAAAUUCUGUUGAAAAUAAAACUCCCACCAAACUUAUCAAAACUGAGAAACCACUCAACACAAAACAGAUUAACAAUGAUAGUAAAAAAUCAGACAAAAAGUUACAUGCAACAAUUUCAUCGGGAAGUGAAUCGGGUGACUUCAAUGGGGACGACUCAGAGAAGCAACAAAAGAUUAGCAAAAAGUCCAAGAACAAACGUAACAACAUGUCUCGUAAAUGGUCAUCACUGGACGAUAUAGCAACAGAAGAGGGCUUGAACCAGGAUAAUAGCCAAUUUGUGUUCAUUAAAAAUGACGAGAAACAGAAGAAGGACAAAAAGAUUGACAAACCAAAGAAUGUUGAGAGUAACAUAGAAGAAAAUGAGUUUAAUUUAGACGAUGAAGAUGAAGAGUCAUCACAGUUUGUCCUACAGGAAGGUCAAAUUGAAAGCACCAAGUCCAAGAAGAAAAAAGAAGCCAGACCCCAUCACAAGAACUCCAAAAGUGUUCAGGACAAAAAGAAGAGCAACCAGACUAAAGCGAGGAGGAACAAGCCAGGAUACAUGGGUGUAGUGCAGACCUAUGUGGAGCGAUGGGGAGGCGCAAGCUGGAAGGCAGUUGUGUGGUUCUUAUAUCUACUGUCGGACAUCUGCCGGAUGAGUCUCCAUUUAUCCUUUGACUUAUGUACAUCUGUGUUCACUCAGACCUACGUCAGUUCUCAAGCAGUGUGGCGCAGCAGUAAGGACUGGCUCACCAAGCUGGGGAGCAACAAAUUCUUUGUGUAUAUUGACAAGAAAUUCGGCAAUACACGCUUUGCAUUUUGGAGAAAACUUAAAUGGUUUAAAAAAGAAACUGAGUCGGACAGCGGCAAUGACUCCACUAAGCUGAACGCAAACAUACCACUGCCAGCCACUGGGGACGAAGCUAUGAAGAGAUUGUUAGCGUGCAAAGGAAAAGAUCCAUAUAGCAUCCUAGGAGUGAGCGUAACGUGCACGGACGAGGAGAUCAAGCGCUACUACCGCAGGCAAGCGUUCCUGGUGCACCCCGACAAGAACCAGCAGCCUGGUGCAGAGGAGGCCUUCAAGAUAUUGCAGCAUGCCUUCGACCUCAUCGGAGAGCCGGAGCGUCGCUCGGCGUACGAGCAGCGCGCGCGCGAGUCGCGCUCGGCGGAGGCGGCGUGGGGCGAGCUCAGCGUGCUGCUGGCGCAGCUGCACGACAAGAUGGAGUACGCCGCCAACACCAUCAGAUGCACCAACUGCGGGCGGCGCCACAAGCGCGUGCUGACGGAGCGGCCGUGCUACGCCGCGCGGUACUGCGCGCAGUGCAAGAUACGACACUCCGCCAAGGAGGGUGACAUCUGGGCGGAGUCCAGCAUGCUGGGGCUGUUGGUGAUGUACUACGCGUGCAUGGACGGCGCCGUGUACCAGAUCACGCAGUGGGCCAGCUGUCAGAAGAGGAACCUGAAGCAGCUGCGGCCGGACUGCCACGUGGUGCAGUACCGCAUCGUGCUGGGCAGCAAGGCGGCGGCGGCCGACCCGCUGCCCGGACAGCGACCCGCCACCGGCCCCGACCCAAACCUCGAAGAGUUUCUGAACAACCUGUACAGCAAGGCGGGCGCGCCGCCCGCGCCGCCGCCCGCGGACAGCGCCGACGCUAAAAAGAGACGCAAUAAAAAACCUAAAGCUUAAAUAAAUCUCUCGUUAUCAAAAAAGAAAUGUUUUGAUUAAAAAUCGAUAGUCCUUUUCGUCAUCACUAAAAGACGUCAGCCUCUCUGACCAUGUUACAUAUGAAUUCUCUUUUUAUAAUCGCUAACUCUUCGUAAAAAAGCGAACGUGUAGACCACAUACUCGUAACUGAAGUAAACUUUUAGCUCCCUCUCAACGUCUGUUCGCCUCGCACGAUUACAUUUUUCGUAACGGACUCACCAGCGCACCCUCUAAGACAAGCGUGCUUAAAGAAGUUUUACUUCAAAAAUGUAUGGAAAUGAUAAUAAUAUAUGCGAUUGAUAACCUGACCUGAGUCAUUCCCAUACAGUUUUUUUAGUUGUCGAAGCAUUAGCGAUUGUAGAAAUAGAAUCGAUGUGUCACAGAUUCUUGAACGGCUGUAGGCAUCUUAAAUUUUAAAGGUGUCUAUGUCACCUGCGUGGUGACAAUUCGACGCAAUUACUUUGUUAUCUAUGUUGUCUAUGUUGUGUUGUUGGUAUAUAACAAUGAUUAACUUUAGUCCAUAAUAUGUUAACUAUCGAUAUUUAAUCGACAAUAUACCUUCAGUAUAAUCAUCUCAGUGAGCCACUUUUGACAGAUCACAAAAAUAAUGCUCAUGUAAUUUUUAGAUUUGAUGUAAAACUAAUUAAAAAAAAUACAGUGCAUAUAACCCACUUCUUCCAUAAAAAAGAAUUGAAUUGAACCUCCUUCUUUUUGGAAAUCUUUGACAGGGAUUUGACAGAAAUAUAGUGAAAUGUCAAAAGUGGUCCUAUUAUAGCGUUGUACUGUUAUAAAAAAUCUCCCACAUUGACUUGUUUUUGCGCGAAAUCUGUAAAUCGAACACUUGUUUCGUACUCUAAUAUCUGUGAAAAAAUGCCUUCAAUAAAAUACUGUAUUGUGUUAUAUAUAUUGACAUAAAUAUAAAAAGGAUGAGUAGUAAGUAAAAAUCCAAAAGCAUUUUACCUACAGUCUGCUUGGAAAUAUGAAAAGCCUGGAUUGCGCUAAAAAUACUUAUGUAGUCAUCUUUGCUAUGUAAAAGCUAUGGGCUCAAAAUGGCUAGAACUCAGAGCCGUAUAGCAAGUUAAAAAAAUGGCGAGGGUUUUUAUUUUUCUGGUCAGGAUAUACAGAUAAAUUGUGAAAUAGCACUUAUGAGAGCAAUUAUAUUGAAAGGUAGGACAUUGUAACUUUGAAGGAUUUUUUAUUAAUUUUUUAUUUUCUACGUAUAGAAAUGGAGGGUAGAAAUACAGAGAAUGAUCUCUAUUAUGACAGCGUUUGUCGAAAUGCUUUAAAUUCGUGAUCGCAACAGUAGCUAGAGGGUAUACAAUAAGUUGUUUGUUACUCAGCGCCACGUCGAUUCUCUUUUUACAAUCGCAAACGCUUCGAAAGUAAGAAUGACAUUUGUCAUCAACAGGUCACGUGAUUAAGUUAUUAGUUUUCAAAGCGUUAGCGUUUGUAGAAAGAGAAUUGACGUGCCACGUGGCUACAGGCCCUGACUGACGCUGACUCUAUAUUAAGCUCGUUACGAACUGGCUCGUCCGGCAUCAUUUGCCUGUGACAAUCUCUUGCAAUUACGGGCCUUGUGUAGUGUCUUAGUGAAGGACGUAACAAUAAAAUAAAGAUGCCGAUAUGUAACGUGUAAAUUAUACCUUGUUUUUAAACUACAACAAGUCAACUGAGUUUUGAUGUAAAAUUAUAUUUACAGGUUUUAUGUUCCUUGAAAAAUCCAUUAUGGCACAAACUAUAUCAGUGUUCUGUCCUAUUAACGUAAUUCGGAAUUUAUCUUCUAGUUGAAACCAAUUUUCUUGACGAGUUUCAAUUUGAAGCAUUUCAACAUUAAAAAUAGGUACUAUGUUUCGCUACAUUCAGACAAAAAUAUACCCUCUGACUACACUUGCGUUAUUUCAGAGCGCUUUUAAAUUGUUAUUUACUAUACAUACUGAGCACAUGAGAUCGUUCUCUCAAUCCAUUCCGAAAACUUCCGUAGCUUUGUGCAAUGCUGACACGACAGACCGAACGCGUUGGAGUGUUUAAACUGAAAGUACACUUUACCCGUGCAUUCAAAGCCAUACAGACUUUUCGGAAUAGAUUGACUAUACCAUCUUUACCCUGUUGACACAGACUAAAAGAAAAAUAGACAGACGAAAAUUCCAUAAAGUGAAACUAGUACCUGUGUCGGUUUUUUUUUUUGUCAACGAAUCGUUACAAAAUUAAUCGUACUAUUUUUGGUUGUAGAAAAUUAGCUAUGAAUUGAGAUUUUUCUUACUUUUCAAACUUGAAAAAUAAGUAUGUUAACUCAUAAAAGUAAGGCUAUUAAGAGAUUUCUCGUUUUUACUUCAUUUCGAAGUCAUUACAUUUUCGCUCAUAUAAAGUGAAAAAUGUAUCUGAAUGCUGUUGCUGAUGUCACGUUUAUUUAAAAACUUUCACUCAUAGUACAGGUCUGUACAGAUCAAAAGUAGAAAAUAUCCACCAUAUGCCUAUAUUUGUAUCAGCAAAUGUACCCUGCACAAUCCACUGACUGAGCACUACUGUUUAGAAGCAGUUUUAUGCAUUUUACUUUUUGGACGAGAAUUAUUCUGGCUUUAAUUUAAUGUAAGACAUUGUUAAAAGCUCAAGUAAUUGACUCCUUCAACCACCUCUAAUAGUAUAAGUGUUUAUAGAGUCUUCCACUUUUCAAAUAUUAAAUAGAGAAUGUAAAACGCGUGUUCGUCUAAAUUUAAUUUAGUCUGUGCGCACUGCAGUGUUACCUUCCGUCGAUAAUACUGUGCAGUUUAUUCCAAACUAUCCAAAAUACAAAGCAAAGCUCAUUGCAUACGUUACGUGUUUUCUUGUGACAGGAAUUUUCUGACAUAUCGUUUCCUACGAAAUACACACGAAAGUAUACCUGCACCAGAGCACGUAUGUGUGGUGUUCAGAUAAUGUCGCUGCAAGACACUGCUCGAGUGGAAGUAGGCACUUAGUAGCGAGGAAAGUGAGCAGGAACGUUACUCGUCCUGCCUCAUAUCAUGCCGCGAAUAUUCUUGAAUAUAUUUCCACGAAUAUUCGCUGGAGUGUUUCCGCGAGUAGAGCAGUGUGUGGCCAGGCAGGAUAACAUCCCUUUUGUGGUCUAAACCCGUUCUGUAUGCAGUGGCCUUUAUUCCAUCUUAUACAUGUGCAAAAAAUGUACUAAGAAAUAUUUCAAUAUUUUCUCUCUAUUUUUAAAUUUAAUACAUUACCCGAUAGUACAAUAUUGUUUGCAUUGACUAAAAUGAAUUAAUUAAUAAUAUUUUAUUUGUGCAGUUAUUGUUUGCAAAACAACGCUUAAUAUGUUUUUUUUAAGUUAAGUAUUUUUUUGUAUAAAAUGCUAAGUCAUUUGCGAUAAAACAAAUUAUGAAAUACAUUUUGUGACGAUGGACCGUCAUUGUGUGUGAUGUGAGUGAGGAAUAUUUUUGUAUAUUGUUCUUUUUGUUAUUAUGAGUCGAUAAUAUUGACACAAUUAGUUGAACAAAAUUUUAUCAAGAAGAUUACAGAAGUCAUACAAUGAAAUAUUCAAAAUAAUUAUAACUUGAAUUAUUAUAUAUUUCCGCGAGUGCUCGUCUUUAACACUUUAGAAGCGAAGGAUUCUAAGAUUUAUAAAAGAAUCACGAACGUAGCGAGAGAGUCAACAAUACGAUUUGUAUUAUUGUAAUUAUUGUUCAAUUGAUGGGAAUUCGAAAUGCUUUCUUGCCAGUAAAAAAUACAUUAGUUUGCGCGAGUAGGAGCGACAAAGAAACUUUUUCCGGUUUAACUAGAUGGAAAAGACCCAUUUUCCAAACAUGUAAGAAUUGUAACUAAUUGCCAGCAAUUGGUUCACAAUUUUCAUUUUCUCGAAAGUAUCAAUAAGGGUUUAAAUAAAGCAGCACUCGUCAACGAGAAUUGUCACGAAACAUUUAGUGAUGUCAAUAUUAUCGAGUCCAUAAGUAGAGAUCGAAACUGCCUGUAACAGAGAUUACCUAUCGGUUAGAUACGUUGUUGUUAAGCUAGACGAGGUGUCACGUUGGAUGUGCGUACACAUUCGAGCUUCAUGUGUCAGUAAACACGUGGAAACUA